CGCGCGGGCACGAGCAGAAACACAGAAGCGCGGGCAGCGCGAGCGCUCUUCUUUAUUCUCGCAGCAAAACAGGUCUAUAUUUUGUUGUCUGAGACUAAAAGUCUAGAAGGUGGGCGCCAUGGGAGUCCAAGGACUCAAGACCUACAUGGAGGGCAACAGCGACGUCCUGAAGAGGCGAAACUUCAGGAACAGCAGGCUCGUCAUCGAUGGAUCCAAUCUGUACUACAGCCUCUACUUCCAGUCUCACCUGGAUCAAGCGCACGGAGGAGAAUAUGAAGGCUUUGAGAAAGUGGUCAGUCGCUUCUUCGCAAACCUCAGAAUCUGCAAAAUCAAGCCUUACGUCGUGCUGGACGGAGGGGACGACAUCAGCAAUAAGAAGUUCGACACCCUGAAGAAAAGAGCCGAAGACAGGAUCAAGAGGACCGACGCCUUGUCCAAAGGACGACGAGGAGAAGCCCUUCCGAUCCUCAUCAAGAACGUCUUCAAGCAGGUCCUCAGGAAGCUCAAGGUGCCACUUAUCCAGUGCGUCGCCGAGGCCGACUGGGAGGUCGCAGCUCUGGCUAAUGAGUGGAACUGUCCGGUUCUGUCCAACGACUCUGAUUUCUACAUAUUCGACAUCAAGGGAGGGUUUUUACCCCUUUCUGACUUCCACUGGAGGAAAGUGAAGUCAAUCAGACAGUCAGACAAAAAGUACAUUCCAGCCAGUUGGUAUUCCGUCAGCAACCUGUGCAGCACCUUAAACUGCAUGAACAAGCAGCUUCUCCCUAUUUUCGCCACCAUCUUGGGCAACGACUACGCCCACCUGGACAAAACACUGUUUCCAAACUGGACAAAGUUCUCACUUACUCCUGGAGGAAACCGCAAUAUCGAUGGCUUGCUCAGGUGGCUGUCGCGCCAUAAGUGCCCCAAAGACGCCAUUAAAGCCCUUCGGAGCACCAUUACGAACCCGAGGGAUUCAGCCACGGUCCUCAAAGUUCUCAAGCAGGGCCUGCAGGAGUACCGCCUGACUCCCAGCUCCAUAGCUCAGUUCUUCAAGAGGGGAGAACCACAGAGCAAGCUCCCAAGACCUUUACAGAGCCUGCCGGAGUGGUUCCUGAAGGCCCUGGGCGAGGGGAAGCUCAACUCCAUCCUUCUUGAUGUCCUCACGCUGCAUAGGGUCACUCUCAACUUUUCAGUCCAGGAUUUUAGCCUCUGCAGCAACAACCUGACCUCCAGGCCCAUACGGCAGGUCAUUUACGGCUUAAUGCUGCAGGCCACCGCAGAAGAAGAGCAGUACGAGGUAGAGGAGUAUGACAGGCAGGGGCUGACGCUAACCAGCUCCACGGUUCCAGCCAUCCUGACAAACCUUCAGCUGGACACACUGUGGGAGACGCCACAGAAUCUGAGGCUUGAGGUCUUCUUGGACGCUUUGUGUGUGUCUCAGGCUCCUGACGAGCUCCUCGUGCCUGCAAACCUCCAGCUGGCCGUGUACGUCACAUGCUACUGGCUGAAGCGCGCAGAGCCUGAGCCCAGACCAGAAUUCUUCUGGGCCUUGCUGGUCGGCCUGGUGUACGGAGAGCUGUCCAGAGAUCCACUUACAGAGAAAGAGCUGCCAAAAAGGCUGAGGAACCUGAAAAGCUGUAAAGAGGAGACUCCUCUGGACCUGGAGGCAGCUCACGCUUACAGUCAGUGGCAGGGCAGUCUGAGGGACAGUAUCUGCCUCAACCAGCUGCUGAACAAUCCAGUGCCUGAACCAGAAUACGCACGGUUGUACAGUGGCCUUUUCCUGCACCAUGUGAUCACUGAGAUGAGCAGAGGCAUCACUCCUGAAUCCCUGCUGGCCGGAGCUCCUCACGCCUUGCAUCUCUACCAAACGCUGAGGGAGGCCGUGGAGCGCGAGCUGGACGAAGACUUGGUCAGGAGGAUGAGGGCCAAAGUGAAACGGGCCCAGCCGAGCGAGCGUCCAGCGCGUCGGGAGCUCACGGACGACAUAAGCAUGUAUCUCAUCUAUGAGGACGAUGAGGAAGAUCCACGCACAGGGAAGAAGGGCAAGGCUGACAACCAAGACGACGAGAUUUCUGAACAAAAAUGCUUGGUCCGCACGAGACACAAGGCCAAGAGCAGGACCAGCAAAAGGGAUCCAAAAGCCAAGAAAUCUGAGCGCUCCUGCUGGGAAUAAAGGACAUUUGAUUGAAUCAGCAGUCCAAGAACAAUCAGUAUUCCUAACUGAGCGAUUCACUGAUUCAUUGAACAAGUAAUUGAUUCACUGGGUGAUUCAAUAACUAGGUUUUACGUCGACUUCCUGUGCAGGUUACAAGCAAGAAAACUAAAAUUUUGUUGUAGUUCGUUUCUUUAAAUUCUUACAGUGAUGUAAAAGCUUUGUGUAAUGAGGUCAUUUCCUGUCACGGUGUGCUUUAUCGACCAAGUCACACUUAAUAUUUCCACGAAUGUGAAAGUGUUUCAUCUAUAUUGCAGUUUUUUUUGAUUGGCUUCCCUUCAUUUUCCACAGUCUAGCAAUAAGAAUAAGAAUAUGCAGCCAUUCUGUAAAUAUUGGGCAGCUUGUUAUUCUUAGGCCUCAGUUAAUCGGCUACAUAGUCAAACAUUUAAAACCACGUUUUCAUAUAAAAGGUCUGCGAUGUAAACCUGCGUGGUCAUUCGCUGACUCACUGACCAGGCAGAUGGCUGUGAACUCUUUUGUCUGUCUGUUUGUUUUGGUGUGUACCAGCUUAAAUGAUUCAGACGGCUCACUUCAAUAUUUACACUCCUCUCCUUUUCUUGCUCAACCGUAUGAAAAUACUGUUGAUGUUCCCAGCUCAUCACUGUCGCUCUGAUUUUAACGUUUCUUUAUUGUAGAAUGGACUUUUUCUACUGAACUGCAUGGAUUUUUAAUGGGAUUUUAAUAAUGGAGUUAAGCUAAAAAAAGAUUCCAGGGUUUGUUUGUACAUAAAACUAUAACUUUAAAAGUUUCAGUAUUUUACUGAAUGUUUUUGAAUACUGUGCAAUAAAAUCUGUCGUGCAUUAAUAAA